UCCUGCUGCUUAGGCUGUUGCUGUAUUUGAAUAUGCAUGCAAUGGUGUGUGUUCGUGUGUCUAAGGGGGUAGGUUAGAGUAAUGUCACACUGGAGACUCAACACACCAUUCAGAGGACGACAGAAGCCAUACAGAGGAGUCAUGGUUAGCGGUGGAGUGUGAGAAUAGAUGCCUCUUGUUCUUCUAUGGUUUCACGUUGAGGCCCAACGCCCUCAGCCAUUUAAUACCUGGUCAUCUCAUAGGAAUUUCCAAUGAAGUGCAUUGUCUCUGUCAGACAACACAGCCUCAGUGUUGCUGAUGGGAAUCAGGCAUGAAGAAUGAUAAUGCAGGCCAUCUGUGCCAUCAGAUGACUCUGAAACAGCCCAAUUCAAAAUAUACAUGCCAAAGUCACACACUUGAUUUUACAUGGAGGCUAACUGUUGUGAGCAGUGUCUCGGGAGCUGGAGAAGCAGGACUAACAUCCUGCCUGAACCCAACUCUACACCAUGGUUGUCUCGGGGUCACAAGAUGAGCAACUACCCCGAAGUGGAUCAGAGGGCAGAGGUGCCAACCAACAGAACAGACCCAACCCGUCUGUACUGCACCACUCUGGACACCCACAUUUAAGCUCUAAUGGGAAUAUUUCACCAGUCAACACCAGUCUCAAUUACGAGCCACAGGAGACAGACUUUCUGCUCCCAAAUAAACUAUACAGUAGGUCAAGGCUCAGUGAUUCCAUGAGAGAAAAGGAUGUAGACGACUCCGGUGCGCCAGCUGAGACAAUCUGCUCCAUGUUGCUUCAGAUCCUGGUGCCAUUUCUGCUGGCUGGGUUUGGGACAGUCUCUGCUGGGAUGCUACUUGAAGUGGUUCAGAACUGGGACGUUUUCCAGGAAAUCACAGAGAUCUUCAUCCUGGUCCCUGCAGUAUUAGGCAUGAAGGGGAACCUGGAAAUGACUCUGGCCUCUAGACUCUCAACUGCUGUGAAUGCAGGAAAAUUGGACUCUACCAGAGAGAAGUGGAUGUUGAUUGUUGGAAACCUGGCACUCAAGCAGCUACAAGCCACAGUGCUCGGCCUGUUAGCCUCUUUGAUGGCAACUGUGUUGGGCUGGAUGGCAGAAGGAAAGAUGCCCCUUCAUCACUUAGUGCUCCUGUGUUCAACCAGUGUUUCUACUGCGUUCAUGGCUUCACUGCUACAAGGUAUAAUUAUGGUUGGAGUGAUCAUUGGCUCCAAGCGGUUGGGAAUCAACCCAGACAACGUGGCCACACCAAUGGCUGCCAGCUUUGGGGAUCUCAUCACUCUUGCCCUGCUGGCCUGUUUCAGUCAGUGGUUCUACUCUAUCAUAGAUUUGUAUUCCUAUGUGUUGUACCUGGUGGAUCUGUUCUUUUUGUGCCUGAUUCCUCUUUGGGUGGUAAUUGCCUCCAAACAUCCAGCCAGUCACAUGCUGCUCCGUACAGGCUGGGAACCAAUCAUCACAGCAAUGGUCAUCAGCAGCAUUGGAGGACUUAUUCUGGACAAGACCGUGUCAGAUCCAAACCUGGCAGGAAUCAUUGUUUAUGCACCAGUCAUAACUGGUAUUGGAGGAAACCUUGUCUCCAUACAAUCUAGCCGAAUUUCUACUAAUUUGCAUUUGUAUUACUUGCCUGGAGAGGUUCCUGAAGACCGUAAGAGCUGCUACAACCCUUGUCGCACCUUCUUGGGUUCAGGAGCAAACCAUCGAUCGGCUCAGAUUCUGCUUCUUUUGGUCAUGCCCGGCCAGCUCGUCUUUAUACACAUUAUACAUCUGAUGAAAGGAGGCCACACUUUGCCCAGUCCUCUCUUCACAGUUGCCUUCUUGUCUGCUUCCCUGAUACAGGUCUUCUCCCUGCUGUGUAUAGCUGACUGUAUGGUCCACUGUCUAUGGCGGAGGGGUAAAGACCCCGACAGUUACUCAAUACCCUACCUGACAGCCCUCGGAGAUCUACUAGGGACUGCUCUCCUCUCUCUUGCCUUUCUCAUGCUGUGGUGCAUUGGUGACUCAGGCAGUGUAUAGGAAGGCACUCAUAUAUUAUGUUUCACUUUUGUCAAACUAAUAGUAGCACAUUUACAACUUUUACAAGUAUACGGAAGUUACUUUUCAGUUGAGGGAAUUUCCCAUCAUGUCUCUACUCAUAUUUGAUAUGAUUUUUUUUUUUAGUUUAUCACAUCAGCAUUUUUGCCAACAAUAAAAUAUGUUUAAAGGAACAGUCUGUGCUGCGCUUGUGAUUCAGUUAUACAGUCGUCCCUCACUAUAUCGCGGUUCACUUUUCGCGGACUCGCUGU